AUGGGGAGAGGGUGGCCGUGUGGGUUUCAGCGUUUUACCACUAGUAGUAGUCCUUCUAGAAGUUUUUUCUGUGGGAUCCUUUGUUGGAGGCUUCUGAGUUUUAAGGGGAGAUUUGUUAAUGGCACCUCCCAAGUCUUCACUGAAUGUGGCCUGACCCUAAACUCUAGCUCUGAACUGUGCACCUACCUGUAUGGGAGAGACCAGGAAGCCUUCUACUGCAAGAAGCCUCAACACAUGCCCUGUGAGGCCCUGACUCAUGUGACCACCAGGAACCGAGAAAUUUCUUAUCUUUCUGUCAAGGAAAAAAGCCUUUUCCAUAAGUCCAAAGUGGGAAUUGAAAUGAUGAAAGACCUUAAAAACAUUGAUGUCUCCCAUUGUAACAAGAGUGAAAAGAGCACAGAGAAAUGCCAAAUUGGAAUGAAGAUUCCGGUCCCUAGUGGAUACACAUUACAAGGAAGGUGGAUAACAACAUUUUGUAACCAGAUUCAACUAGAUACAAACAAGAUCAAUGACUGCUUGAAAGGAAAACUCAUUUACCUGCUGGGAGACUCCACACUGCGUCAGUGGAUCCACUACUUACCCAGAGUUGCAAAAACACUGAAAUUUUUUGAUCUUCAUGAAACUGGACCUUUUAAGAAACAUUUGCUUCUGGAUGCUGAAAGACAUACUCAAAUUCAAUGGAAAAAACAUGGCUAUCCUUUUGUCACUUAUAGUACCUAUUCCGUGACAGAUGAAGGUUAUAUUCCUCGGGAAAUUGACCGGCUAUCAGGGGAUAAAAACACAGCCAUUGUCAUAACCUUUGGCCAACACUUCAGACCUUUCCCCAUUGACGUUUUCAUUCGCAGGGCCAUAAGUGUUCGAAAAGCUAUUGAACGACUAUUCCUAAGAAGUCCAGACACUAAAGUGAUCAUUAAGACAGAAAAUAUCAGGGAGAUGCACAUAGAAACAGAAAGGUUUGGAGACUUCCAUGGUUACAUUCACUAUGUCAUCCACAACAACAUUUUCCAGGAUCUCAAUGUGAGCAUCAUUGAUGCCCAGGGUAUAACAAUUACAUAUGGACAAAUAUAUCCACCCACUUAUUAUGUAGUUUUCAAUGCAACUAACAUAUUCUUAAACAAUAUUUGUUAG